AUGUCUGGGAAACCCAAGCUGUACUACUUCAAUGGACGAGGCCGAAUGGAAUCAAUACGGUGGCUACUAGCAGCAGCCGGGGUUGAGUUUGAAGAAUGUUUUCUGGAAACAAAGGAUGAUCUGACAAAGUUACAGAAGGAUGGAUCCCUGCUGUUUCAACAAGUGCCAAUGGUGGAGAUCGAUGGGAUGAAGAUGGUGCAGAGCAGAGCCAUUGGCAACUACAUAGCAACAAAGUACAACCUCUACGGGAAGGACCUGAAGGAGAGAGCCCUAAUUGAUAUGUAUGUGGAAGCAGUGAUAGAUCUGAACGAGUUACUCAUGACCCACACUUUCCAACCAGCGGAUAAAAAGGAGCAACAUUUUGCUACUAUUGUGGACAAGGCCACAAACAGAUACUUCCCAGUCUAUGAGAAGGUUUUGAAAGAUCAUGGACAAGACUUUCUUGUUGGCAACCAGUUUAGCAGGGCAGAUGUGCAACUACUUGAAACCCUUUUAAUGGCAGAAGAGUUCAAGCCUGAUAUACUUGCCAAAUUUCCUCUCUUGCAGAGUUUUAAAGCAAGAAUAAGCAAUAUCCCUACAAUAAAGAAAUUCCUGCAGCCUGGCAGCCAGAGGAAACCACCACUACAAGAAAAAGAUGUACCAAAACUGAUGAAAAUUUUCCACUGAGCAGCAACCUAAACCCACAGAAACUC